AUGGCACUCGGCCUCGCAGACAAUGGCCAGCAGACAACAAAAGAAGAGCAGGUUGUGGAGCCUGAAGAUCCGGGCCUGCUGCAAGAAAAUGAAGAAAUAGAAGACGGCGCCUGGGACGUUCUUCGGAAACGGCGCCUACUGCCAGGCGCUGCUUCAUCUGACAAUGACUUUCGCGCCCAUUUUGCAAGCUUGGCUCUGGAGAAUGCAAAAUUUCAGACAAACUGCCUCAAGGAACCGUUGGAUGGCUCUGGCGCUAUUCGGAACUUGGUAUCGCAACACAAGCGCCGCGUGGCAGAGCAAUUUCCGGAAUGGUCAGAAUACAUGUCUCGCGUCGUGACAGCUACUAUGGCUGUGCUGACCCUACGGACAGUGGACGUGUUUCUACGGGAGCACGCCACUGUUCUGUGGAUCAUUGAAGGUGAUUCACACAUGCGGUUUCACCAUGGAGACUGCUAUGUGCUGCACCCGAGCAAUGCUUUCCAACAGUACAAGGGCGUUCCCCUUGACUGCUCACGCGUCCACAAGUUUCUGAUGUGCCUGGAAGGCCUUUUUCGAAGAUUGCCUGCAAACACCGAACGCGCGGACUCACAAGUGCUGGCUGCCGUUGAGAGCCUUCUUCAGUCAGAUGGCAGCGAGCGCGUGUUCCUGGAACUUUGCCAGAAUGCUUGCGUCUGCAACAAAGGUGACUCUUUGCUCAAAAUGCAGCAACAUCAAGAAGAUGAUGAAUGUCACCCCGGUGAAGCCAGCGUGCGAAACUGGCACAUCCAUUCGGCUCGAACGGUGAUGCAGUUGAAGAAGAGUAUCAUCCGGGAACUGGCAGAGGAAAAGUUAAUCACUUGCAUGAUCGAAUGGUGCGAUAGCCCAAUGGUGCGUGAGUUCGGAUGCUGCUAUGACGACUGCUGCGUUGUUUACCCAGAUGGUGGCAAAGCUCGACAGGCCCUUGUCCACAUGAGCGCCAGAGAUGGGUGCAACGAGCUGAUGCCAAGAAUAUUUAUGUUCGAAUCCCGCAUUCUCUACAGGGCCCUAGCCAAGAGAGGUCUGAAUGUGGUGCGAAUCUUCAUCGGCCUGUCCUCUGGCGGGGCGAUGUAUGGACACAAUUUUGCAUACUUCGAUCCGAACAUAUGGUACAACGAGGAUGAAAUGAGGAAACAAGUAGAGCAGCUGAACGGCCAGGAAACCCCGGGCACAAAUCGAAGACUUCGCGAAGACUUGUACAAAAAGUUCAUGUCAGGGGAGGGUAUUUCUGGGCGAAAGCCUUACGGCCUGCGCACGCGCAUGAUUGAGUGCAGAGGGUGGAAGCGACUUGAAGCCAAUCGCGUUUUCACCAUUGCCAAUGUUUCCAAAAGAGAUUUCAAUUCCAUCAUGCGCCGCGGGUUUGUGUUCCGAAUGAUGGCUCGCUUUGAGGACCCAUUGGCAAUUCAAGGCAUCCCACACGUCGGCGCAUACCCGGACAUUGACAAGGACGGGAUCUUCAUGAAGGACCAGGAACUCAAGGAGUUCCUCACGUCAGGGCCUGCGGUCGUCGCUGCUUUGCAGCUUCAACAUGCUUUCGAAUCUCAGCACAGUCAGCAGGACUGUGCGCAGAUGAUCGAAAACUAUGUCGAAUGGGGCGGCGACCGAGGCCUGACUGAGAAGGUGUUGCGAGAGGCCUGCGGCAUGCCGCCGCGAGACACCAGAACGCAUGUGAAUCGGGCGCAGACUAUCAUUCAUGUGGAUGAUGGGCCUGAUGCAGAUGGUCAGGGUGCAGUCUCCGAGUGGGACGAAAUCAAGAAGUUUCUGGCAAACCACCUAUUGGCUCUUGGCCGCGUAGACAUCACCAAGCACAUGCUGCAAAAGCUUCGCUUCCCGUGCGGGCCCAACCUGAACAAGCAAGAUUUUCUGGAAGCGCUUCUCCAGAACGACGUUAUCUCUGAGGCAAAGUCGCGAGGCAAAACCCCGGAUGUGUACAGAAUCAAGAUUGCUUGCGACAACUUGAGUUCUACGCUCGAUCACAGAAACCUUUCUGGGGCAAGCCAGCAGCUGCCGGAGUUGUGCCACGUGAAGCUCUUAGAGAGGUACAUGAACGGCUUUCCAGAAAGACGCGAAAAUGCGUUCGUCCUCGGUGAGUUCUAUCAAAGUGCAAAAGUGAAGCUGGAGAAGCCAGGUCGCCCUUCCAAAGCUGGUCUACUCCACAGUGACCAAUGCGCUGAGCUGCAGAAGCAGGGCUCCAAGAUCCUUGCUCAGGAGAGCUUGUUUGACCAUGUUCUUGCAGAGGUGACGGAAGUUCACGUAGCUUCUCAAGCUUCUCAAUCACAGUCUGCAACCCCGUCAAUCAAGAGACGCCGUACUGGAAAGUCAAAGAGCGUCAAGGAUGAAAUUGAUGCAGACGGUGACUCGAAAGCGGAGGUCGGAGAGCAAGUUCAGGUGGAACGAUUUUAUUCGUAUUCAGAUGCCCUUCCCAUUCGAACUCGCAAAGUCGUGGUGGGCCCAGGCGCACAGAAGUUUAGCAGGCGUGCUCAAGUGCAUCUUACAGCAGGUACGCUGGAUCUGGAUAUACACAACUCCUUGUUUACAAUCAUGCUCCAGCUGCUGACUAAGUUGAACUUGAGGCCAGCCCCGCCAGAUGAGGUUUCUGAGACUAUACGUAAAUGCGCUGAGGAGCGCGAUGUAAUCUGCCGCGAUAUUCUGCAAGUGCCAGAGGACAGCCCAGCUGAUUGCGGGGACAAAGGCAAGCAACUGCUCCUCAAAAUUUUCAAUGGUGGUUCUAUCCCUGAUUGGCUAGAGGCUGGCAAGCCUUUCCUGACUAAACUUCAAAAGGCAUCCAUCUACUUGCGAUGGGCUGCCAUCUCGUUGUUGCCUGAUGCCUUUGCCAAAUUCGAGAGGCCUGAAAGCGACAAAAAGCAUCCAGAUUCUUCCGUGCUUUCGCACCUGUAUUACAUUGCGGAAGAUUUCAUAUUGUCUUCCUGGUCCGAGUUUCUGCUGGGCCUCAAGCCCAGCCAUAUUUCUCUCCAUUAUGACGGAGUACGAGUGUCCAAGCCCAGCGACAUGUCAGCUGAAGAUUUGUGUCGCAAGUCGCAGGAGCACAUCAAGGCUAAAACGGGCUUUGAUGUGUGUGUGCGUGAGAAGCACCAUCUGACGGUCUUGCAGCACCUGCGACAAAUUGCAAGCAGCGUGCGAGAGUCAAGUCUGGCGCAGGGUUCUUGCCUUUUCCUAGAUGGCAAUUGUAUACCUGCGGCAGUGGCUUUGCUGUUCAAUACUGUGGCACGCGUGGAAAAGUUUGUCAGCAAUGUCAACCUGAGCGCAAACAAGGCGUUUCAGCAGAGUGGAUGCCGAUCGUAUGCUGAAAUUCAAGAAAUGCUCGGUCUUAGUGUCAUUCCAUUGCCAGCAGCAGACGUUUUGCAACUAGAGCCGGGUGAGUACCUGCUUCACCUGGAAGAUGCGGGCAAGCCUCACUGCGUUGGCGUCAGGGUGUGCGCCGCGUCUCAAGUUGUCAUUUACACUGCAGCGCAAAUGCUGGAGAUGGAGUUGCCCACUCUCAAGACUGCAGUGUCGCGUGGAAUUGACAGUUGCGCGUCAUUGGUUUUCAAAGUACUUCAGGCGCCAGCAGACGCCAACGCGCGACAUGAUUUUUGGAGCACAGAAGCUCUUGCACAGUUGCUUUUGCUGCGUGCCAGAGCAGGUGAUUUUGUUGUCGACCCUGGGAGGGUUGAUGCGGAGGUGAUUCAGGUCAACUCCGAUGACGAGGUCAUCAGCUUAGAUUCCGAGGACGAGAUAGCUGAGUCGGUUGCGCAGGCUGAUACUGCCUGGCUAGACGACGUGGCAAAUGUAACCGUUGACACGGCGCUUCUUGGCGACCUGGAAGCGGAGGUCCAGGGCGCGGUGGAAUUGACGUCUUUCAUUGAGACAGAAGCUGGCCAGCGCUGCCCUUUGUGCCCUUGGCGUUGCUUUCAACGGAGAAGCAAUGUGCUUCAUCACAUAAAAAAAUACCACACCAAGCGGCAGCAGUUUUGCUGCUCCGGCACCAAGCAAUUGCGAGUGGUUCUUGCCCUUCACGACGGAGAUAUGAUUUCCGGCAAGAGAGGGCGUAACUACCUGAGACGCAGCGCUGAACUGCUUCGGGAGAAGCUUGGCAGCAGCGCCGCAGGUUUUGUUCACGGUUCGUGUCAGAGAACAUAG